AUGGACUUCAAAGGCAAAGCUGUCUUCAUUAACGGUGCUUCGAGGGGCUUAGGUAGAUCAAUGUCUGUCUCGUUUGCUAAAGCCGGCGCGUCGAUGAUCGCGCUCGGUGCUCGGUCGGAUCUUUCCGUCACUAUCGCCGAAAUGAAAGCAGCUGUUUCAAGCUUGGGGAGGCCAGACCCACAAAUCCUGCCCAUCAAUUUCGACGUAACAGAUCGCAAGAGCGUCGAGGAAGCAGCAGCCCAAGUCGAGAAGAAUUUUGGACGGAUCGAUAUUAUAAUUAAUAACUCUGGCAAGUUCGAAUGGGCCACGAUCCUAGAAAGCGACCCCGAUGAAUGGUGGAAGACGUUCAAAGUCAACCUCGGAUGUUACUUGGUCGCACACGCCUUCGUUCCCCUGAUGCUGAAGGGAGGUAACAAGACCAUAGUCACCGUGAGCAGCGUUGGUGCUCAUCUUAAGAUCCCGGGACUUAAUGCAUAUCAAAUCUCUAAGAUGGCGGUUCUACGUCUUUCUGAGUUCAUCGUAGAGGAAUACGGCGAUAAGGGUGUAUUGGCAUACUGCAUACACCCGGGGAAUAUCGUAACGGAGCUACUCGCCGGCGGAUUGGACUCUCUUGAUCCAAUUUAUAGGCCAGUGUUCACCGAGACGGCCGAAUUAAGCGCGGAUUCGCUGGUUUAUCUGACAUCGCAGAAACGAGACUGGCUGGGUGGUCGGUAUAUUAAUGUGACAUGGGAUCUACCAGAGUUGAUGGAUAAGAAGGACGAGAUUGUACAAGGUGACAAACUGAAAAUAAAAUUAGUGAUUUAG